ACUAGUAGCCCCAAAUAAUAUUUGUUCUGUAGAAUCUGUUGUGAAGAUCAGAGUUUUAAACAGUCCAGAGCGUCGUUGCAGUCGGGACCAAUCGAUAAACCUUAAAUUCCCAAUAUUCUCGAUUCAUUGCUCUCAACGUACACUUCGAAUAGAGCGUCUGAAAUGGAUGAUGCUCAUAAAAGUGGGCUUUAUCGUUGGCAGCGACAAAAUAAACCGAAAGUCCAGUCUCGCUCCCAUAAAGUAACGACCCAAAAUGACAUCCAAGACUGGAUAAAGAAAGUGACAGAAGCAUCUGACAAGGCGACGGAUGUAGCGUUCGGGCUGGCUCCGUCGGGCAAGGAGAGGGGUAAAGCAGCAGUUCGCCUCACAGCCGGUCAUGUGAGAGACCAUGAGCAUGCCUGUUCUGAAGCUCAAGAGCUCCUGACCCAGUGGGUGAAUGAGAAACUUCACUUUGACGAUGACGACGGGUUUGAUGACCUUGAAGCGUGGCGGAGGAAGAGAGAGCUAAGAAACGCCAACAACAACCAAAGCUUGACCUCCGCACCCACCAGGGACAGUGGAGAGUUCAACUGGGACGCGGUGCAUGAGCUAGCGGCGGACGACAGCGUGGACAUCGAUGAGGCUGCCAUCUACGAGCGGGUCAAGAAAGCUGCCAUCGGGGAAGAGGAUCCCUAUGCUCAUCUUUACGAGAUGGAAGAAGAGGAUGCGGUGUCGUCCGUCAUGAAAAAUAUGAUGAGGAAGGAAGUUGUGAAAGAAACCUUCAAGAGAGACCUGGGUUUUGACGACCCCCUCACCAACAAGCCCGACCCUCGCACCAAGAUGGAGUUGCGGCAUAAAAUGGUGAAGGAGAACAGGGAGAAGCGACAGAAGGAAGAGGAAAGGAAGAAGCUGACCACCCAGAUGAAGAAGGAAGCCCGGCUCAAGGCACAGCAGCUGGUCCUGAAGGAGCAAAAAGACAGAGACAGCAAGAUGAAAAAAGAAGAAAUGGAGACAAAGAAAGAGAUGGCAAAAAUACGUAAAGACCUCCAGGCAGAACUGAGGAGUAAGGAGGAAGCCUUGAAGAGGGAAGCCGAUGAGAAAGAAUUGAUGAACAAGAUGGCGAGAGAAGAACUUGAACGACAGAAGGAAGCGGAGGAAAAAGCGGCACUUGAAGUGUUCAGACAGGAAAGCAGCAAGAAGAAACAACACAUGGUCAAAGUGGAACUGUUCAAGGCCAAGCAGGCCGCUCGAAGCUUAAAGAUUCUACAUCAACAUUUCACCGCUUGGUAUGAUAUCAUACUCGCCAAGCGCUUGCUCCUUGGCAAGGUCAAGGCCAUGUCAGACUGGAAGCUGAUGGUGAGAGUGUGGGGGGCCUGGAGGUCACACGUCAGAGGUCGGCAAGUUGACCUUGAGACAGAAGUUCAUGAGAGGAACGUGAUUGACACGCAGAGGAAGGGCUUGGUGGCCGAUCGUCACUUCACCCUGUCUCUGCUCCGUCGCUGCUUCCUUACCUGGCAACUGUUUGUGCAGGAGGAGAAUGAGAGAAAGGAGAUGAGGGAGGAGCAGGAGAAGACCAGGGGCAAGAUGAUGUCACUGCUGAGUGCCGUGGUGGAGGGGAAGCUGGGCGGAGCGGAGGAGGGAGGAGGAGGAGGAACGGAGAGAGGCGAUGGGAGGAGAGGGAUUAAGAACAGGAGAGUUGCUGAUGGAGGAAGGACGACCUCAGCUCGGUCAGUUCCAGGGAAUGUCGGUCAGUCCACGGACAGCCAGAAAGUGAUGUUCCAGCAGCAAGCACCUCGGCAGGCCUGGGGGGAAACCGACAGCAUCCAAUCGUCUCACAGCAAUGUGUCCUGUGACCAGCAAGCACCAAUCAGCGGAGUCCGGCCGGGGACGGCCACGCCCACUGGCAAGGGGAGGUCAGCGGUGCCCACAGAGGCCUGGCAGGUCACCCGACAGCACCUGAAACUGACUGCCGAGGAGAUUGCUCACCUGGGGGAGGGAGGGGAGGGAGGAGAGGAGGGGGAGAGAAGGCAACACACAAACCAGGAGAUCAGGAGAAGAUUCGGCACGCAGCCCUGGAUGAAGCAGCACUACGUGGUGGACAGCUUUCAGCACCGGUACUCAGCGCAGCAGCUCGCACUCAAAGAGCAGCAGCAGCAGAUCCGAGAGCAGCAGCGGCUGAUCCAGGAGCUGCAGUACGAGCAGCGGCAGCAGUCAUUUCGGCAACACCUGGCGGGUGGGCAUGCGGCUGACGGGUCGCCUGGCGGGGUGGGGGCUGUGCCUCCACUGCCCCCUGAGAUUCCGGCCCCUGAAGCACCCCCUCCUGGCAGACAGAUCCCGAGAGGAGACGAAGCGAACGAGCCACAUGCUGGUCAAUGUGCCAGCCAGCCGGAAAUCUGGGCAGAACAAAUGCCAGCGGCUUCAUCCAGGUUGGGAGAUGGCUCGUUUUCUUAUCGGUCAAACGUUCUCACGGAGAGGUCAGAGACCAGUGUCGCCACCAACAUGACAUCAACGACAACUGGCUCUAAGAAGAUGCCGCACAGCAACAAAUAUCUGCAAGUCCUCAAAAACAUGGAGGACCGGGCUGCUGAUCGAGCCAGACUGAAAGCGGAGCGGGAAGAGAAGAGAAGGCGACAAGAGGAGGAAAAACUGGCCAAACUUCAAGCAGAGGAAUCUAAGAGGCUUCAAGAAAUCGAAGAUGAGAAGAAAGCAAAAGCUGAGGCCUACAAGCAGAAAAAAAGACUUGAGAAACAGAGAGAAGAGGAGAAGCGUUUGCAGCAGGAGAAAGAAAAAGAGAAUCUGGAGAAAGCCGCGGCGCACCAACUGCGCUCGGUGAUGAAGUACCGCGGACUCCUGCCCUUCAAGAAGCUCAUCUCUCUGGCGAAAAGAAACUGGGUUAAGGCCAUCAAGCACCGAGACAGGGAGAUCCUCAGGCAAUGUUUGCAAGGCUGGAGACAGUUCACGGAGGACGAGGUGAACAGGAAGAAGGAAAUGGCGGACGAGAUGAACCAUUUCCUGAUGGUGAAGCACAGCUUUCAGAAGUGGAGGAAGUCUCAGGUACUCGUUACGUAAAGCUUUCCGUGGCUGGAGGUAUCUUCCGGAGCAGAUGAAGAGAGAGGAGGAGCGACAGAAGAGGAAACUCGAACUAAGGAUGAAAGUGGCCGAGCUGAUCCCAGAUUUCGCUCCGAGUCAGUCUGUCAAAGUGGAGAAAUCGGAAGACUUGAGUUAACCCUUUAUCGCAGGUGUGGGCAAGCAUGUCCGGGUCGUGGGUCGGAUCGAGUAGUUCUGAAUAUCUCAUGGGCUGAAGGGAGAGAAAACAGGGUCAAAUUGGUUGAAAUACCCAAGUUCUCAUAAUUGAGACUAAAAAAACUGAGGCUAUAGAAUGUUGAUAUGUCACUCGAGGGCAUUUCUUUCAUAAAAUAAGGUAUUAGAUCUAUUGCUUCUAGCUGAACCAAAAACUAUAUGUUGAUCGGGCCAAAACUUACAGAUUGUCGACUUGUGGCCCUGUCUGAAUCUGAAACUGCUGGCGGGCUACAUCUGACUCACAGCUACCUCUGGCAACAUCUGACUUGCGUGCUGUACUUUGUUCAUGCCUGCUCUUUUCUAUUCUUUCUUAUCAUUGUUGUAUGUUUAUUGAAAUAAAUUCUAAUAAAUACGUUUUUUUACUC